AUGGCUGCGGAUAUGAAAGAGAACGGCAUCUCGCUGUUAGUCUUUAAUGGAAGGAAAGACAAGUUUCGCGUGGGGUCGGCGAAGUUCGUCGCACAUCUGAAGGAGUUAACGGUUCAAAUGCACGCGGAAGGAGACUUUUCGUCAGUCGAGUCACUCUUUAGUGAGCUCGAUUAA